UUUUCAGUUGGCUCACAACAGCUAGUCCUAUAAUAUUCACAAUCUGAAUUUCACAACCAGAAACAUUGAAAUUUUUUUUUGAAAUUUGUAAAUUUUUAUCAUGUCUUUUUAUGAUUUUGUUCCGUCAAAUCAAAUGAUGCAGAGUCUGGAAGACCAGGAAAGCGAGUAUUUCCAGUUCUACUCUCGACUGGAGAUCCAUAUGGAAAUGUUGAGGGACUCGGUACGCACCCAGGCCUAUCACGAUGCCAUCCUCCAGAACCGUGAGCUCUUCCAGGGCAAGACCGUCCUGGAUGUGGGCUGUGGCACGGGUAUACUCUCCCUCUUCGCUGCCGAAGCAGGAGCCAAAAAGGUUAUAGCCAUCGAAUGUACGGAUAUAGCGGAUGUAGCCAAGGAGAUUAUGAGGGAUAACCAGAAGGAUGACGUGGUGAAGGUGGUCAAAGGAAAGGUGGAGCAUGUGGAACUGCCCGAGGGCAUUCAGAAGGUGGAUAUCAUAGUGUCCGAGUGGAUGGGGAACUCUCUCUAUAUGGAGGCCAUGCUGAACUCCGUACUAUUUGCCCGGGACAAAUGGCUUUCCCGUGGCGGCCUAAUCCUGCCCAACGUGGGAAACCUCUGGAUAGUCGGAGCCCAAGAUCCGAAUAGAUUGGCCACUCUCAACUUCUGGCAAAAUGUCGAGGGCAUCGAUAUGAGUUGCGUGAGGAAGCAGUUCUCCCGAGAGCCCCUGGUGGAUUGUGUGGCCAUUCAGCAGUUGCUCACCGAUGAGUGUUUUAUACACUCCACCAACCUGGGUUAUGAUCGUAAUCAACCCGUGGUCUUUCGCUCGAAUUUCAUGCUAAAUGUGCAGCGUGCUGGAGUUAUCAACAUGUUGGUUCUGUACUUCGAUGUGGGCUUUCCGGUGGGAAAAGCGGGAAAUUCCGUGAUCCUGUCCACCUCGCCUCGUGCUCCGUGGACCCACUGGGAGCAGACCCUUUUCCACCUGGACGAACCACUCUUUGUGAAGCCCAACGAUCGGGUGCGUGGCGUUCUUGCCAUGAUGCCCAGCAGGCUGGAUGGGCGCUCCAUGAACUAUGACCUCAACAUUAGCUUCCGUGGCGAUAGAACGCGGGUGGAGAGCUACAAGAGCUUCAGCUCAACGGGACUCGCGGGUGAUAGACUUGGAUUAUAAAAAAGAACUUGACCGAAUUGAUAACUGUCAUA